AUGACAAGAAUGAAUCAAACACCAGUUUCGCCAGUUGACACCGCUCGCAUCCUUGCCAUCUUAGAUGCCUCGCAGCCAGAGGUUUCACAAAGAGAGCCCAGAGGUGCUGAUAUCGCAGCAUUUCACAAUACGGAUAAGUUUUCUACCACCAACUCCAAGAAGAAAACAUCUCAUUUCACCAUGGACGCCUUCAACGCCAAGAUGAACGCCCUCAAUGCCACUUUCAAGCUCAAGUCUUUCAAGUUGAGAAAGAUGAACGACAGCUCCCUCAAGUGGAAGCCCUUAGUCGAAACUGACGCUGCCAGCGUCCACCCCAUCACCACUUCCCCCAUCCAAUCCCCCGAGGCCCAGCCUCCAGCAAUUGUUGUCCACGCCGUGGAUUACAAAACCAUCGCUGCUUGCAGCUAUGUGCCUCCAUGGGCUGCGGACGCUCCAGAGAUUCACAACGGCGUCCCUCACUCGGUGAGCCGGAAUUCUGGAGCCCCUCGUGUCGCCCAGGAGGUCAAGAGAAGCCCUUCCGAGUUUGUGAAGGAAGCCGCUUAUGUCGAAUCGAAGCACUCUUCAAACGCUGAAGUUGCAACCGACAAGGCCUCCUCGCAUACACCUCGUGAGUAUUUCGCUCAACACUUUGACGCUUCGCCAGAGCAGUUCGCUGCACCGGAAGCACCAACGGGCCCUGGAGUUUCCCAAUUCAAGGCCCGUUCAAGACUGUCUACUCCUUUUGUUGAAGAGGUCCCCCCACCUCAAGAGCCCAAGGUUCCACUCAACAAGCGCUUUUCACAAGCAGUCUCUCGAAUCACGGCUCGCUGGAGCUACCGUCGCAAGCUCCGCAGAGAGCACCGUCAGGAGGACAGAGCCCUCAAGGCGGUUCAGAACGAGACGAAGCACAAGAUCAAGAUGGAAAAGCGCAAGCUCAAGCUCAUCGAAAAGGAGAAGCAGUUGGACCGCUUGAGGUCGCAAUACAAGGCUGCUGUGCACCAAAAGAACCAGCAAGUCCAGAAGCACAAGCAGGCUGCCUACCAGAGAAAGCUUGACGCUGAACAGGCUGCACAAAGAAGAAAGCUAGAGAACUUGGAGUACCAGAUGCUCCAGGUGAAGGCUAGCAGAAAGGCUGCUGCCGCCUUGAAGGCUCGUCUUUCUGCAAACCACAAGCACUCUAGCUCGAAGCAGCCUACCCCCAAGGUCUCUCCCCAGACCUCAUCCAAGCUUUCCCCCAAGUCGAGUGUUUUCACUUACAAGGAAAGCGUGUCUUCUUCCAAGACAUCUGUUGAUGGCCAUGCUGCGAGACUUUCACAAACUCCCCCAAAGUCCAGCAAGGCUCAGACCCCAGCAGCUCCACACCAACACCUUCCCCUUUUGUUGGUGAACGUUUGCAUCAACGAGAAGAUUGAGGACAAUCCUUGGAACCAUGGUGUUGGUGCCGAAGUACGCAGCAUGCUUGGAAAGGAGAGACCAGUCCUCAACAUUGUUUCGAAGCCCAAGGCUCCCCAGCCGGCUCCACAAAACAAGACCAAGACCCUUACUCUUUCAGUUCAAAAGUUGAAGAGUCCCUUCUUGAAGAAGGCCAGUCUUGUUGUUGACGAGGCUCCUCAAAUUACCAAGGAGUCCCUCAAGGAGUCUCCCAAGAAGUCUCCCCAGGCUUCAGCCAAGUCUUCUCUUAAGCCUACUUCCCCCAAGGCUGUCAGGAAGAAGACCCCCUUCUGGUUCACUGAGGAGUACAAGAAGAAGCGUCAAGAGAUUGCAAAGAGAGAUGAGCCCCCUCGGUUUGCGCCCUCUCAAGCAGAAAUUGACAACGCCAUCUUGAGCUUCGCUCGUUCCAGACGGUGA